UUUUAUAAACAUACAACCUUUGUUUACUUUGCUGAAAUUAGAUUUGAGCCGCUUUGCAAUUUAUUCAAUUUGAAAAACCACUCAAGAACUCACUCAAACUUGCGCUCUCACAUUGAGCAUGGCACACUAGCGCCAACCGGCCAUGCAGCGGCCGCAAAAGUAACUAAACGUCAUGAGAGAGCGGGAGAGCGAGAGAGCCACACAUCGUUUUAUCGAGCCGAGCGAGCACAUGCGCCUCCUUCGUGCAGUGUGUGUGUUUUAACGCUCUCUGUCCCACUCUCUCACUCUCUAUGGUUGGCGUUGCGAGUCGUGUGCGGCAAUUGUAAUUGUCGUUAGUCGAACGGCUUUGACUGUGACUAUUGGCGAAGUAGGAAAACAGUUCGAGUGCGAGCGCCGUACGGUACGGACGUGUGCAGCACGCACAAAAAUUUUCAAAUUGAAUAAACGCAAAAUCGCUAAAGAGCAAAGAGAAAAAAAGUAAUACCAACCGAAAAAAAAUAAAGUGCAGAAAAUGAAAAUUGAAUUGGAUUAAAGAAAUGCCAAAACAGAGCAAGUGUUUAAGAUUGCGAAAUACCCAAAAAAUAAAGCAAUUCAAUUAAAGUGCGUAACUUCGUGUGUGUAUCUUUGUGAUGUGUGUGUGUGACGACUAACAGUGACUAAAAAUGUCAAUUCCAUGUACACAAAACUAAGCAACAGCAGCAUUGUGCAUCGCAUUAGAUACCCUAGAAAAACAAAAACAACAUCCCCUUCCCCCACCCAUACACACACACCUACACAACACCAACACAACCAAAAAGCAAACACAAAUGGAGCCUAGGCUUCAAUUACUGCUCCUUGCGCUGCUCGCCAUCAGCGCCAGCUGCAGCGCUGCCAACGACGACAGCAGCGCAGCCAGCGUGAUGUUAGGCGGCAGCAGCAGCAGCAGCGGGAGCGGCAGCGUCAGUCUCUCCAGCGAUUAUACUUCGCUGCUCGCUGCCUCGUCGUCGUCAGCCGCACAACUCCCCGCUGCCUCCUCGCCCGCACCCGCGCACAGUGGGCCGGUGAAUCAGUGUAGCUGGAGCUACAAUGGCAGCAGCGGCAUCGUCCACUGUGCGCUGCGACUGAUUGAACGGCAGCCAGGACUCGAUCUCCAAGGAGCCGAUGGCAGCAGCCAGCUGACGAUCAAGUGCAGCGAUUUGUAUCUCUUCGAGUCGACGCUGCCCACAGCGGUCUUUGCCCGCCUGCAGACUCUGGACACUCUACGGGUGGAGUCCUGCAAGUUGCUGCAGUUGCCCAACAACGCCUUCGAAGGACUGAGCACGCUCAAGACACUCAAGCUGAGCACGCGGAAUGGAGAAUGGGGAGCAGCGAAAGUCCUGGAACUCUACCCGGAUUCGUUGAACGGACUUAAACAGCUGACGGAACUGGAUCUGAGCGAUAACAAUUUGCGGGGCUUGCCUGCGGGUUUCUUAUGCCCGGUGGGCAAUCUGCAGACGCUGAAUUUGACCAGGAAUCGCAUUCGGACCGCGGAGCAAUUGGGUUUCGCGGAUCUCAAUUGCAGCGGGGCAGCUGCCACGGGAAGUGGCAGCGAGUUGCAGCUGCUCGAUGCGAGUCACAACGAGCUGCGCUCUAUCACAGAGAGUUGGGGAAUCUCGAGAUUGCGGAGAUUGCAGCACUUAAAUCUGCAGCACAACAACAUCUCAGAAUUGUCCGGGGAAGCCUUGGCUGGACUUGCCUCACUGCGAAUUGUGAAUCUGAGCAACAAUCACCUGGAGACGCUGCCCGAGGGACUUUUCGCAGGCAGCAAGGAACUGCGUGAGAUUCAUCUGCAACACAACGAGCUGUAUGAGCUGCCCAAGGGACUCUUUCAUCGCCUGGAACAGUUGCUGGUUGUCGAUUUAUCCGGCAAUCAGUUGACCUCAAAUCAUGUGGACAACACAACGUUUGCCGGUCUCAUUCGUUUGAUUGUGCUGAACCUCGCUCACAAUGCUUUGACCAGGAUUGAUUAUCGGACAUUUAAGGAGCUUUACUUUCUGCAGAUCCUGAAUCUGCGCAACAAUUCGAUUGGCCACAUCGAGGACAACGCUUUUCUGCCCCUCUACAAUCUGCACACCUUGAAUCUCGCUGAGAAUCGACUACAUACCCUGGACGACAAGCUCUUCAACGGGUUGUAUGUGCUGUCUAAGCUGACGCUGAACAACAAUUUAAUCAGUGUGGUUGAGACUGCGGUGUUUAAGAACUGUUCAGACUUAAAGGAACUUGAUUUGAGUUCCAAUCAGCUGAACGAAGUGCCGCGUGCUCUGCAGGAUUUGGCCAUGUUGCGAACGUUGGAUUUGGGCGAGAAUCAAAUACGCACCUUUGACAAUCAGAGCUUUAAGAAUCUUCAUCAGCUCACGGGAUUGCGUCUGAUUGAUAAUCAGAUUGGGAAUAUCACGGUUGGCAUGUUUGCCGAUCUGCCGCGUUUGAGUGUAUUGAACCUCGCUAAGAACCGCAUCCAGAGCAUUGAGCGUGGUGCCUUCGACAAGAACUACGAACUGGAAGCGAUUCGCCUGGACCGCAAUUUCCUCUCCGACAUCAACGGAGUGUUUGCUACGCUUGUGUCGCUGCUUUGGCUGAAUCUCUCGGAGAAUCAUCUCGUCUGGUUCGAUUACGCCUUCAUUCCGUCGAAUCUCAAGUGGCUGGACAUCCACGGCAACUACAUUGAAGCCCUGGGAAAUUACUACAAGCUGCAGGAGGAGAUUCGAGUCAGGACUCUCGAUGCCAGUCAUAACCGCAUCACGGAGAUUGGUCCCAUGUCCAUUCCCAACACCAUCGAGCUGCUGUUCAUCAACAACAAUCUGAUUGGCAACGUCCAACCGAACGCUUUCGUGGACAAAUCAAAUCUGGCUCGUGUGGAUCUCUACGCCAAUCAGCUGAGCAAGUUGCAACUGCAACAAUUACGCAUCGCUCCGGUUGCUGCCCCCAAAGCUCUGCCCGAAUUCUACCUUGGCGGAAAUCCCUUCGAGUGCGAUUGCACCAUGGAUUGGCUGCAGCGCAUCAACAACCUGACCACACGGCAGCAUCCGCGUGUCAUGGACAUGCCUAACAUCGAGUGCGUCAUGCCACAUGCUCGUGGCGCCGCCGUGCGUCCCCUGAGCACUCUGCGUUCUCAGGACUUUCUCUGUCGCUACGAAUCGCAUUGUUUCGCUUUGUGUCACUGCUGCGAUUUUGAUGCCUGCGACUGCGAGAUGACUUGUCCCCACAACUGCACCUGCUACCACGAUCAGAUCUGGUCCACGAACGUCGUGGAUUGCGGCAACCAACAGACCAUGGAGCUGCCACGCCGUGUGCCAAUGGAUUCGAGCAUCGUUUACCUCGAUGGCAACAAUUUCCCUGUGCUCAAGAAUCACGCAUUCAUCGGGAGGAAGAACCUCAAAGCAUUGUAUGUUAAUGGCAGCCAAGUGGCAUCGAUACAGAAUCGCACUUUCGCCAGUCUGGCCACAUUGCAGCUGCUGCAACUCUCCGAUAAUCGACUGCAGACGUUGCACGGCUACGAAUUCGAGCAGUUGUCCGCGCUGCGUGAACUCUAUCUGCACAACAAUCAGCUGGGAAACAUUGAGAACGCAACUCUUGCGCCUUUGGUCUCCUUGGAGCUACUGCGUCUUGACGGCAAUCGUCUGGUCACACUGCCCAUCUGGCAGCUGCAUGCCACGCACUUUGGUCAGCGCUUAAAGAGCAUUUCGCUGGGUCGCAAUCCCUGGAGUUGCCGCUGUCAGUUCCUCCAGGCGCUCACCUCGUACGUGGCGGACAACGCUUUGAUUGUGCAGGACGCGCAGGACAUUUACUGCAUGGCUGCCCCUGGAAGUGGCAACACGGCUCUGGGCUACGAGGCAAGCAUCGCAGCUGCCACCGAGAAACGCGAGCUCGACUUUAACGCCACAGGCGCCGCUUGCACCGAUUAUUACUCAGGUGGUUCGAUGUUGCAACACGGAAUUCCAGAGUCUUACAUCCCGCUACUUGCUGCUGCCUUGGCGCUUGUUUUCCUCCUCGUUGUCGUCAUCAUUGUGUUCGUCUUCCGCGAGUCCCUCAGGAUCUGGCUCUUUGCGCACUACGGCGUCCGUGUCUUUGGUCCACGCUGCGAGGAGUCCGAGAAGCUCUACGAUGCGGUGCUCCUCCACUCGGCUAAGGACUCGGAGUUUGUUUGCCAACAUAUCGCCAGCGAACUGGAGACGGGUCGCCCCGCAUUGCGUGUCUGUCUGCAGCAUCGAGAUCUCGCCCAUGAUGCCACACACUAUCAACUGCUUGAGGCAAGUCGCGUGUCGCGUCGAGUUGUCAUUCUGCUCACACGCAACUUCCUGCAGACCGAAUGGUCGCGUUGCGAGCUGCGUCGCUCGGUGCACGAUGCUCUAAGGGGCAGGCCACAGAAAUUGGUCAUCAUCGAGGAGCCCGAGGUGGCCUUUGAGGCGGAGAGCGACAUCGAGUUGUUGCCCUACCUAAAGACUUCGGCGGUGCAUCGCAUUCGACGUAAUGAUCGUCACUUCUGGGAGAAGCUGCGCUACGCCCUCCCCGUGGAUUACCCCACGUAUCGGGGCAACAACUAUACCCUAGACCACAACCACGAGCGCAUCAAGCAGCCCGCCAGUCCUGGUCUGCUCUAUCGCCAGGCGCCGCCGCCUGCCUACUGCGGUCCAGCGGAGGCGGCUGUGGCAGCUUCCGCAGCAGCUGCUGCUGAGCAGAACUACUCGACUGCCACCACAGCCACGCCCAGUCCCAGGCCACAGCGUCGCGGGGAGCGAGAGGCGGGAGGGGCUGCAAUCGGACCACAUCACUUGCAUGCGCAGUAUUAUCAGCAUCACGGCAUGCGACCGCCAUCGGAGCACAUCUACUCCAGCAUAGACUCGGACUACUCCACGCUGGACAACGAGCAGCACAUGCUGAUGCAGCAACAGCAGCAGCAGCAACCUAGCAGCUUGCCCCUAGAUGCCCAGCGAGCGCAGACCUGGCGACCACAGCCGAAGCAGCAGCUGCAGCAGCAACAUGCGGGCACAAUGGUCAAGGCGACUCCUCAGCAGCAGACGGGACAGCAGUCGGGAGCACAGUCGGGACAGCAGCAAGGUCCACAUGUGCAGGCGUAUCUCGUAUAGAGCAGAGGAAGAGUGGGGUAAGAGAGUGAGAGAGAGAGAGAGAGAGAGAGAGACACAGCGAGACAGUAAGAGAGAUAAAGACAGAGAGAGAGAGAGAGAGAGAGAGAAGAGGGGGAGAGCUAGAGAGUUGACAGUGAUUUCUUUGGGGACUGGUUCCUGUGCAUCAUUUUAAUUACUAAAAUAUGUGCGACUAAAACUAAGCGAGAGAGAGAGAGAGGAAGAGAGGGAGACAGCAGGUAGUGUUAUUUUGUUUAGUCAGUGCAAAGUCAGUUUAGUUGCACUAAACAAACAUAAAUCCAAGUACACUAAACACACACAAGAUGCAACUCAAAGAUACAAAACACAAUUGCAGUUCCCUCUCUCUUUUUCAACUCGCAUGUGUGAGGAGCGAAACAGCAACAAAACUCUAGAAAGAAAGACAGAGAGAGGAAGCGAGUGCUAGAGGGCGCCCUAUAACAAUGUCAAGCUGCAAAGUUUUCUAAAGUUACCACUCGAGUGGAACUUUUGUUUCUUGUGGUUGGUUGUUCGUUUCCCCCUCAUUCAUUUUCAUUUUCUCAUUUUCUUAGCUGCAAAUGCGUUUAGAGCAUUUCUCUGAUAACUUUUUAAUAUGCUUUUAAUCAGUUCAAGCCAAAACAAAACAGCACAAAACUACAGCAAACAGAGAGAAAAGCAAGCUUAAGAUUUAUGAGCUGAAAACUUUCCAGCUGAGAUUUUCAAUCCUUCGCAUGUGAAAAGCUAAUGCCGGAGAUUGACUUUGUUUAUUCGGGAUUUUGUUUAAUUCUAUUAAAAUUCCAUUUUAAUUCGAAAUAUUUUUAAUGCACUUCCAAAGAAGAGAUUCAAGUGAAUCGAUUUGCUGCUUUAAAUGAACCUUUAUUUGCUUACACGUACACGAAAAAAAGUCUGGCCACACUGGCAUUGCUCUGCUCUUUGAAUCCUGCUCGAUGCUGCUUUGAUCUUUUGUAAAUAUGAGAAAACUUGAUAUGCCUAAAAUAGAGUUAAGCGAAUGCCACUGCAAAUACGUAGUCUCCUACAAUUAAUUCAAUAAUCACAUUCGAAGAGAAAACCACUUGUAAACACAUUCACAAAAGAAGAAGAAAGAAACUUAGCUAGCAAACGGUAAAAGUAAAAGAACUUCAAAGAGAUAUUUAAAAAAAAAUAAUAA